AACGCGGUCAUAAUUGCACCGGCUUUUAUAUUGUUUUGCACCUGAGUCCCAGCUGUUUUUUUGUUUGGCCUUGAAUCUACUGUCAAACAGGGGAUUUUCGGGUCAAGAGGAAUCAUUAUUAGACUUUCUUGUCUGCUUUCCCUCACAGAAAAAAUUCCUUUUUUUGAAUCCCUGCCUGAGGGUGAUCUUUGAAAAAGUCUUCAGGCCAUAUCUUUUGAAUUUCGUACCUGAAAAUUCGACACUUAGCUUUUCUGAGAGUGCACCACCCCAUCCUAAAUUAUGGAAAAACAGAAUGAAAAAUCCGAAAAUGAACCGGAUUCUGAUUUACCGUUGCUACGAAAGGAAACAGAAAUGAGUAAGAAAAAAGAAGACAUACUAGAACAUCAUCAGCCUUCUUCUAAACGAGGUAGGGGAAGAAAUAAGGGAUCAGCACCGACGAAGCUAAGAUUACCGGAAUUUAUGUUACCGAUGCUAGAAAGCAAAACGACAGCUAAGGAUCUGAGAAAAAAAGAGAGACUAGAGCACCAACAGCCUUCUUCUAAACGAGGUAGGGGAAGAAAUAAGAGAUCGGCACCGACGAAGCUAAGAUUUCCGGAAUUUAUGUUACCGAUGCUAGAAAGAAAAACGACAGCUAAGGAUCUGAGAAAAAAAGAGGGACUAGAGCACCAUCAGCCUUCUUCUUCAAAACGAGGUAGAAGAAGAAAUAACAGAGCUGCACCAACGAAGCAGGGGAAAAUAGUAGAGAAUAAAACCGACUCCAAAGAAAAAGAAAUAGUACUCACAAGACAUCUUCAUGUCUUGCUUGAAAGAUUACCGGAAUCUAUGUUACCGAUACUAGAAAGAAAAACGGCAGCUGAGGAUCUGAGGAAAAAAGGAGAACUAGAGCAUCAUCAGCCUUCUUCAUCAAAACAAAGUACAGAAAGAAAACCCUGUAAACCAAGACCAAUGAAGAAAAUAUUCUGGCAAGCGGACAAAGUGCCUACAAGAAAGGACAGACGCAAAUAUAGAAAAAUCAUGAAAAAGAGACCAUUUUUAAUAUGCUUUUCAAAAGAACAAACUGAAUCAGUAAAAAGUAAAGAUUCCAAAAAAUCUUAUAUCCUAUGUGGACAUGACUUUUAUAUAAGAGAAUUUAUAAAAUACUUAGUACAAUUAAGAGGAAGCGCAAGCAGUAAUGUUUUAGAUGAGCUUCGGCAAAGAAAUCUGGAAAAGGAACUAACUUCCAUGAAUGAAAAUUUUGAGAAUGUAAUUAAUAAAGAAUUAGUAGAAUGGAUUAUCAAAAGAUCUUUAAAUAAAGAUGUUUAUUUGGAGGGUCAAUGGCGACAAAUAACAUCUGCUGCGGUGGAAGCCGAAAGAUUUGUGAUACAGGCCCGAAGAUUAGGAAACAUAAACAGGAUGUUGAGUGACCCAACAGAUAAGGAACCCAGAAAUGUGAAUACAAACGAAUUUGAAAUUUCCGCAAGUGAAAGAGAAAAGGAAACUUUCAAAAACUUUCAAUCCAACCUAUCAGAAACUAGUACAAGGCGCUCAGAGAAAAACACUAGUCACGAUGGUGUCAGUGAAGUACCAAAGCGUAGGAUACAAAAUAGGAAAUCAUUAUACAAAAAUAGGAUGCUCUCAAAACGAAAGGGUCAAAAACUCAGAACUAAGAGUACAAACAAACCUGAAGUUUUCAUCAGUGAAAAAGAAAAAGAAACUUGUAUUAACUUUCAAUCCAACAUGUCAGACACAAAGCGUUCAGAGGAACACACUACUCAUAAUGAUGUCAGUGAAGUACCAAAAUGCAACAAAACUGAGAUAACUAGUCGCGAAAAUUGCAUUUCAAAAGUUGAAAAGACCAUCGAUGCAAAACCUAGUCAUAUUCCUUGUGAAAACAAUGAGAUUAAAAUACUUUUGGAAGAGUGCAUUCAACUUGUGAGUCAAGAGGUUCUUAAAGAUGAUACUAAAUUAAGUCAAGAAAAUGUGUCACCUGCGGCUGAAGCAAAAACAUGUAACGAAACCCAAGCCAAUUUAAGUUCUGCCGUAGAUUCAGUGCAUGGUACUCCAGGUGAGGGUGGAGAGACUAUGAAGAACCUUAAAAAUUCGAGUGAAUAUGAUGUUAAUUUAAAAGUUAAUGAAAAGGGAGAAAUUUUGCCUCUCAAUGGAAGGAGCUUAGAAAAUUGUGAUAAAGUACAAGAAAUAACUUUUGGUGAGCAUGGCGAGAUGAAACAAAAGUCAAAUCUUGCAAUUGAUUCAAACACUGAACAUUUGACAAGUAACGACAGAUGUGACAACCUUAGCGUCGAAAAUCAAAUUCCUUCGACUAGUAGCGAAAAUUGCUUUUCAAAAGUUGAAAAGAGUAUCGAUGCAAAACCUAGUCAUAUUCCUUGUGAAAACAAUGCGAUUAAAAUACUUUUGGAAGAGUGCAUUCAACUUGUGAAUCAAGAUGUUCUUCCAGAUGAUACUAAAUUAAGUCAAGAAAAUGUGUCAUCUGUGGCUGAAGCAAAAACAUGUUACGAAAUCCAAGCCCAUUUAAGCUCUGCUGUGGAUUCAGUUCAUGACACUUCAGAAGAGGGUGGUGAUGCAUUGGAUGCAGAAAUCGCCUCACAUUUGGACUCUUCAAGUGUAGGCAGUUUUACUGAAGCCAAUAAAUUAUAUGAAUUGAAUAACGUUACACCGGAGACCGUGGUUUGUGCUGAUAUUGUGUCUCCUAAUUUAGCACCUUCCCAUGAACUCAUUAAUGAACCUUCACAAGAAAAAAAUAAUUCUUCAACUGAUACUGUGUUCACUCCUGAUGAAAGACCUAAUGACGAAAGCGGAGAGGAAGACGAUCUUGAUGAGUCCGAAGAAUACUGUGAUGGGCAAGGCUGUAAGUCAUGUGACAUUACAUUAUGUAUCAAGAAAGAUAAAGAAGAACAAGUUAUAUCUUUUAAACCUGUUCCCAUUUCUGAUAUACCUAAAUUUCCUGAAUCAAAGUCAAAACGCCGUACUUAUUUACAAAGAUUGAUGGGAACUCGUAAAACAUCAGAAGACCAUCACAACGAAAUUCCACAAGAGAAUAAAAUGGACAUAGCAGAAAUAAAUGAAAUAGAGAGAGAAGAAAUGGAUAUAGAAAAACGAAGAAAUGAAUGAAAAUGGAGCAAAAAAUUCUUCUGAAAAAUCAGACUCCAAAAGAAAAAAAUAACAUCUUUUCGUGGUAUUUUAAACGAUUUUUAAAGG